UGCCCCGCACGGCUUCAAGGGAGGCUCCGGGGAACAGGCCAGGCGGGCCGGGCCUCGGGAGGUGCCUCGGGCAAGGGCCAGGGUCCAUCCCCCGUCCCGGGACACAGCAGCUGCGGCCAUGGCCACGCCUGGGCUCCCGCAGCAUCAGCCCCCAGGGCCCGGGAGGCACAGGUGGCCCCGCCCCGAGGAGCAGCUGCAGCCCCAGUCCCGGGGAUGACGGAUUCUCCUCCGCCAGGCCACCCAGAGGAGAAGGCCCCCCACCCGGAGGCACGGGCCAUGUGGGGCUCUCAGGAGGUUCUGCUGGUGUGCCUUCUGGUGUUGGCAGCGGGUGGCACGGAGCACGCCUACCGGCCAGGCCGCAGAGUGUGUGCAGUCGGGGCUCACGGGGGCCCCAUUUCUGAGUCCUUUGUGCAGCGCGUGUACCAGCCUUUCCUCACCACCUGUGACGGGCACCGGGCCUGCAGCACCUACCGAACCAUCUAUAGGACCGCCUACCGACGCAGCCCUGGGCUGGCCCCCGCCAGGCCUCGAUACGCAUGCUGCCCUGGCUGGAAGAGGACCAGCGGGCUCCUCGGGGCCUGCGGAGCAGCAAUAUGCCAACCGCCGUGCCGGAACGGAGGGAGCUGCGUCCAGCCUGGCCACUGCCGCUGCCCAGCGGGGUGGCAGGGUGACACCUGCCAGUCAGAUGUGGACGAAUGCCGUGCUGGCAGGGGCCGCUGUCCCCAGCGCUGCAUCAACACUGCCGGCAGUUACUGGUGCCAGUGUUGGGAGGGGCACAGCCUGUCUGCAGAUGGCACAUUCUGUGUGCCCAACAGAGGGCCCCCCAGGCUGGCCCCCAACCCGACAGGAGUGGACAGUGUGAUGAAGGAGGAGGUGCAGAGGCUGCAAUCCAGGGUGGACCUGCUGGAGGAGAAGCUGCAGCUGGUGCUGGCCCCACUGCACAGCCUGGCCUCGCAGGCGCUGGAGCUGGGGCUCCCGGACCCUGGCAGCCUCCUGGUGCACUCCCUCCAGCAACUGGGCCGCAUCGACUCCCUGAGCGAGCAGAUCUCCUUCCUGGAGGAGCAGCUGGGCUCCUGCUCCUGCAAGAAGGACUCGUGACACCCGAGCCCCUGGCUGGCCUGAGCGCCUCCCUGCCCUGCAGCCCCUGCCCCUGCCUGACAUGCUGGGGUUGCCACUUUGGGGUGACUGAGCAGAAUGCUGGGCAGGGCACUCCUCCUCCUCCCCCACUUCAUCAGGAGGCUCUCAGGGUUCUGGCAUGGGUGGGCUGGGGUCUUCUGGUGAAUCCACCCCAGCCACCCCAAUGGCAUCCCAGGGCCUGGUGGCCCCUCCGCUGAGGGAAGGUACGAGCUCACAAGCUCUGCCAGGGCCUGGGACCCGUGGCAUGGGAGCCGGGAGGCUGGGUGGGGCCUCGGUGGGGCCUGCCACCUGACGCCCCGAAGAAUAAAGAUGAAAUGUGA